AUGAAGUAUCUCAUAUUUUUCGGUGUUAUUGCCGCUGUGUUCGUUUCAGGACAAUGUCUGAAAUGUUUCGAAUGCUAUGGAGACAAGUGCGAUGAUGGAUCAUCGUUGAAAAAAGAGGUGAACUGUACUGGAAGUGAUCAAAUUUGUUUCAAACAAAUAAUUAAUGAAUACGCUGAUAAAAAGGUCCAAUACAAACGAGGUUGCUUUGCUGUUGAUAAAAUUGGUGAAAAGUUUAAUUUGACCAACACAAUUUCGACCGAGGUGUACUUCUGUAACAAAGAUAAAUGUAACGGUGUUGGAUCCUUUACUGGAUCUUUGUCCAUCGUGCUUGUUACUUUAGUCGCAUUAAUGUUUGCAAGCGAAAAAUGGUAA